UCAAAAUAGCGAAAAUUUCUGCAACUUGUUGCACAAAACCCCCUCAAAGGCUUGUUGAAGAGAAGCUCAUUUCGCUAUUGCAGUCAUGUAAGACCUCAAAACAUCUCCAGCAAAUCCAAACCCAGAUAACCACUCAUGGGUUAGAACACAACCACUUUAUAACUCCGAGAAUCAUCUCGGCAUGUGCUCAGUUGAAGCAAAUGACAUAUGGGCGCAAGGUGUUUGAUAAAAUUCCUGAAGCAAACAUUGCGUCAUGGAAUGCUACGUUUAGAGGGUAUGCAAUGAAUGAGCUUCAUAGGGAAGUUGUAGUUUUGUUUAGUCGAAUGAAGAAGAUGGAUGUUAUGCCUAAUUGCUUCACGUUUCCUGUUGUUUUGAAGUCUUGUAUGAAGAGUAGUGCGUUGAGAGAAGGUGAAGAAGUGCAUUGUUUUGUUAUCAAGAAUGGUUUUGGAGCAAAUCAUUAUGUGGGAACUACGUUGAUUGAGUUAUAUUCUGGUGGGAAUGUGAUAAAAGCGGCUUAUAAGGUGUUUGGCGAGAUGGUUGAGAGGAAUGUAGUUGUGUGGACUUCGAUGAUUAAUGGGUACAUUUCUUGCGGUGAUAUUGCUUCUGCAAGGUGCCUUUUUGAUUUGGCGCCCGAGAGGGAUGUUAUUUUGUGGAACACUAUGGUUUCAGGGUAUAUUGAGUUGGGGGAUAUGUUGGAGGCAAGAAAGCUGUUUGAUCAUAUGCCGAAAAAGGAUGUCAUGUCUUGGAACACGGUGCUUAGUGGUUAUGCCAUUAACGGGAAUGUUGAGGAAUGCAACAGGUUGUUUGAAGAGAUGCCUGAAAAGAAUGUGUUUUCUUGGAAUGCACUGAUUGGAGGGUAUGCGCGUAAUGGAUGUUUCUUUGAAGUUUUAGAUGCUUUCAAAAGGAUGUUGAAUGAGCGCAACGUGUUACCUAAUGAUGCUACACUUGUGACUGUGUUGUCUGCGUGUGCAAGAUUAGGAGCUCUUGAUUUGGGCAAGUGGGUGCAUCUGUAUGCAGAGAGUAAUGGGUAUAAGGGAAAUUUAUAUGUUGGGAAUGCUUUGGUUGACAUGUAUGCAAAAUGUGGAGUUAUAGAAAAUGCAGUUGAUGUCUUUAAGGGCAUGGAUAAAAAGGAUUUGAUCAGUUGGAACACCAUAAUUGGUGGUUUAGCAAUGCAUGGACGGGGAGUCGAAGCCUUAAAUUUGUUUUCUCAAAUGAAGAAUGCUGCAGAAGCACCUGAUGGAAUCACUUUCAUCGGUAUUUUGUGUACUUGUACACAUAUGGGCUUGGUUGAAGAUGGCUUAUCAUAUUUCAAUUCUAUGGUUGAUGAUUAUUCAAUUGUGCCUCAAAUUGAGCAUUAUGGUUGCAUGGUUGAUCUGCUGACACGAGCAGGUCGUUUAGCAGAGGCUGUUGAUUUUAUAAGGAAGAUGCCUAUAGAAGCAGAUGCUGUUAUUUGGGCUAAUUUACUUGGUUCAUGUAGAGUUCAUAAAAACGUUGAAUUAGCUGAACUGGCGCUCGAACGACUCACAGAACUCGAACCGAAGAAUCCUGCAAACUUCGUCGUGCUUUCAAACAUAUAUGGGGACCUGGGGAGAUGGAAAGAUGUUGCACGAGUGAAAGUGGCAAUGAGAGAUACCGGGUUCAAAAAAUUACCGGGGUGUAGCUCGAUUGAGGUUAAUGAAGCUGUGGUCGAGUUCUAUUCCUUAGAUGAGAGACAUCCUGAAACCGAGGAAAUAUACAGAACCUUGAAGGGGUUGACAAAACUGCUAAAAUCAUCUGGAUAUGUACCAGAUGUUCAAUUACUUCGUCAAAGAACUUGACAUAAAAGAGGCAAUAUCACACUUUAAAGUAACAUUAUUAGCAUCCAAUUCAUAUUU